AUGGAUCCAUUGUUACCUUUUCUACACCUUUCUAUCUAUUGCCUUCCUUUUUGUUUUCUUCCUCCUACGUUUGUAUUUUCUACCAUACAUUCCCUCUCAGUAUUCUUUUUUUCUUUUUCUUCCCUCCCUUCAGGUUUGCAUUCUUCUCUCUCCGUCCGGUUUGUUUUUUUCCGCUCCGCCCGGUUUGUUUUUUUCCACUCCGCCCGGUCUGUUUUAUUCCCUCCUCCCUCCUUCCUCUGCCCGUUUGGUCUGUUUUAUUCCUCCUCCCUCCCCCUCCGCCUGGUCUGUUUUAUUCCUCCUCCUCCCCCCCUCCGCCCGGUCUGUUUUAUUUCCCUCCUCCUUCCCACCCGCCCUGGUCUGUUUUAUUCCUCCCUCCUUCCCCUCCCGCCCGGUCUGUUUUAUUCCCUCCCUCCCUCCCACUCCGCCCGGUCUGUUUUAUUCCCUCCUCCUCCCUCCCCGGUCUGUUUAUUCUCCCCUGCCCGGUCUGUUUUAUUCCCCCUCCCUCCCUCCCUCCUGCCUGGUCUGUUUUAUUCCUCCUCCCUCACCUCUCGGUCUGUUUUCCCAGACUCCUCCUUCCUCCCUCCCAGUCUGUUUUUUCCUCCCUCCCUCCCUCCCUCACCUCAUGGUCUGUUUUCCCUUCCCUCCCUCCCUCACCUCCCUCCCUCCCUCACCUCAUGGUCUGUUUUCUUUCACCUCCUCCCUCCCUGUUUUCCCUCCCUCACCUCAUGGUCUGUUUUUUCCCUUAUCACCUCAUGGUCUGUUUUUUUCCCUCCCCUCACCUCCCUUCCCUCCCUCACCUCAUGGUCUGUUUUCUUCCCUCCCUCACCUCUCGCUCUGUUUUCUUCCCUCCCUCACCUCUCGCUCUGUUUUCUUCCCUCCCUCACCUCUCGCUCUGUUUUCUUCCCUCCCUCACCUCUCGCUCUGUUUUCUUCCCAGUCAAUGAAACAAAAUAAUUUCACUGCUGAAUUUAUGUUAGCCAGCAUAAUAUACCCGCCUUUUCAUAAUUUAUAUUCUCGACAUCAUACUAUUUUCUUCUUCAUUUCCAUUCCUCGACAAAAAGAAUUGUUUUUUUUUGUUCCGUUCUUACCAUUCCUUUCUUUUUUUUUUUUUGGUAAUCGGAGACACAGAAGGUUUGCUCAUAUCAGCGUUCCCAACAUUGCCACUCGUUUUGUUCAUAUCUUCACAUCCUCUCUACAAAUUCGGUUUCUUUUUCUUUCUUGGGAACCAUGGGAAUUCAUUUUCCUUUCUGUCAUUUUGUUCCCCUUUCUCUCUCUCUUCCCCUUUUUCCCUUUCUCUCUCUCUCUUCCCCUUUUCCCUUUCUCUCUCUCUCUUCCCCAUUUUCCCUUUUCUCUCUCUCUCCCCAUUUUCCCUUUCUCUCUCUCUCUUCCCCAUUUUCCCUUUCUCUCUCUCUCUUCUCCAUUUUCCCUUUUCUCUUCCCCUUUUCUCUUUCUCUUCCCCUUUUUCCCUUUCUCUCUCUUCCUCUUUUUCCCUUUCUCUCUCUUCCUCUUUUUCCCUUUCUCUCUCUUCCUUUCUCUCUCUCUCUCUUUUUUUUUUUAA